AUGGAGUCCUUUGCCACCGGUGUCAUUUUGUACUUGCGACAGUAUUCAUUUCAUGGGCUGGACAUUGACUGGCAGUUUCCAACAACAAGUGUGAUGAAGUGGGGCUUGGUGAAGCUUCUGGAGAUCUUAAGACGCAAAUUUAAUGACUGGUUGUUGCCCCCAAGAUAUCUCCUGACCCUGAAAUGUCCGGGUGUGUACAACCCGGUUGGUUACGACGUGCCAGCUAUUUCCAGAUAUGUGGAUUAUGUCAUUCUGGCCGCCUACAAUCUCCCAACACCGAAUUCUGCCCAAGCCUGGUUUGGUAGCCCGUUGUACUCCAGACACAUCAGCGUGGACUCGUCAGUUAGAGAGUGGCAGCGAGCAGGCUUGCCUGUCAGUAAGAUGGUGGUAGGGAUAUCUCCGGUGGGUCGGUUCUUAAAGCUUCAACAGGAGACAGCCUUCACACCUGGCUCUCCGAUCCAUAGCGAGACUCUUACGGGGAGUUUGUUCAACAUACCCAAGGGCCUGGCGUAUCCUGAGAUCUGUGAGAUGUUCAAGAAUGGAACCAAGCACUAUGACAACGCUAGCCAGAUGCACUACCUGGUUGCUGGCAACACCUGGGUAGGGUACGAGGAUACAGAAAGUAUAAAGGCAAAGAUAACUUGGAUGGGCAAACUUGGUGUCCCCGGGGUCAUGUUUUCUGCUAUUGACCUGGAUGAUUUCAAGGGAACGGUGAGUGUCGACGAUGUUGUUGUAGGUGUCGAGGAUGUUCGUGCUGUGACCACAGUUAUAUUGUCGGAUAACAGCUUGAUCAACUUCUGUAGUGGGAAACGCCCACGUCCGCAAAUCUAUUCAAUAAAUGUUAUGAUGAUAAUGAUGAUGAUAACGAUAAAAAUAAUUAUAUUAAGACUAAAGUAG